AUGGCGGCUCCGGGUGAAGGUCGCAUGGACAUUGCAACUGCAGCGAGUGUUAUCGGCAAUAUGGUGCGCAGUUUUUCGAAUUUGCGCUUUAUUUUGCUUGUGGGUAUCGCGGGUGGAGUUCCGACUGUGAGAGACGUCCGGUUAGGUGAUGUUAUGGUCGGCGUCCCCGCGGAGUCGGAGGGCGGUGUUAGUCAGUAUGAUUUUGGCGUAUCGGCGCAAGACACCAAGUUUAAACAGAAAGGUUAUCUGAAUGCACCGCAUGAAAAAAUACUCGCAGCUGUGAGGCGCCUCAAAGCAACACAUAUCACGGCCGGGAACGGUCUCGAGGAUCGCAUUGCCACGGCCAUUGCAGGAAUUCGGCGAGGCAAGAUCUUCUCUCGCCCGACUACUGACAUGCUGUACAAGGCGAGCUACACGCAUCCUCGAGGACACGGAGCAGUAGGACCGAUUGUAUCUCUUGUUCGGAGGAUCAAAUUUUGCCAAGAAAGCCUCGUGAUGAAGACGAAGAGGAUCUGGUCACUAUACACUACGGAGUUAUUGCCUCGGGCAAUAAGAAGAUUGAGGAUGCGAUGUUCCGGGACAAGCACGCAAGAGAAACGGGUAUCCUCUGCUUCGAGCUUCGAGAUGGAGGCGGCGGGGGUUGUGAACCGUUACAAUUGCCUGGUGGUACGAGGCAUUUCUGACUACAGCGACAGCCAUAUCAAUAAAGACUGGCAAGGCUUUGCGGAUAUGGCUGCCGCGGCUUAUGCGCGUGCUCUUUUGGAAGAUAUUCCCUCUCAUGACAUUGAGUUCGGAAAACGACAAAGUGAAGUCCUUAAAGAUGGUCAGUGUGUUCAUACCGAGGCAGAGCUCCUGGAUUAUCACCCGGGAAAGCUUCUACCUCAACUUGGGGAGAGUCUGAAUGGCGAUGAGAACGCCUCUAUAUCAUGUAUUAACUCUUUGUUGCUUUAA